GUUGCUACAGACGGGGAAAGCACCAGACUUCUGGGAGGGAAAAAAGGGCGACUGGAGGGAAAGCGCCAGCAAUUGGCGCCAUUUUAUUCUUUGCCGUGGGCAGGGAGGCGACCGUGCGAGCGGCCGGCGCGCCAUGCAACCUCCUCUCCCGCAUGCUUCUUCAUCUGUUGCCGGAGUUGAGCAGCCAUUCCGCGCCCCUGUCCAAUCUCUUGCAGCUGAGGCUGGUGGCUCCAUAGAUGAUGCCCAGCAGCUGCUCAAGGAAGCGCAACCACCCCGCAUCCCUGUGCAAUGGCUUGCAUCUGAGGCUGGUCGCUCUAUGGAUGACGCACAGCAGCUGCUUGAGGAAUUGCCAACAAGAGUUGCUGCAACUUCUUUUUGGAUUCCACGACUUGGUAUGACAUUUAGUAGUUUGGAUGAAGCCUGGGAGUUAUGGGUGACAUAUGGUGGUCGGAUGGGUUUUGAUGUUCGAAAGUCUUACAUAAACACGAGUAAUCUUGAUGGAUUGGUGACAUCAAGUAGGUCUGUUUGUUCAAAUCAGGGUUCUCGUGCUGGAGAUAAAAGGUUUUGUGUUGUUAAGCGUAAUCGAGCUCAUACAAGAACAGGCUGCUUAGUUCGCAUGGGCAUUACUUUGGAAAGAAAAAAUAAGAUAUACAAAGUGCAUGGUCUAUUUGUUGAGCACAACCACAUUCUUCAAACUGCACAAACUAGUCAUCUGAUGCCGUCACAGAGAAACAUUUCUACGCAUCAAGCUAUUGACAUUGAAGUGGCUGAUGAUUCGGGUAUUGCACCUAAAGCAGCCCAUGAGUUUCUUGGUCGGUAUGUUGGUGGAUCAGCUAACCUUGGAUAUACCCAUCGUGAUCAUAAAAAUUAUCUGCGUACUAAACGCCAAAGAGAGAUGUUGUAUGGUGAGGCUGGAAGUUUGCUAAAAUAUUUUCAAGAUAAAGUGGUGAAGAAUCCCUCAUUUCAGUAUGCAAUACAAAUGGAUUGUGAAGAACAGAUAGCAAAUAUAUUUUGGGCUGAUGCAAAGAUGGUUGUGGACUAUGCUCACUUUGGUGAUGUCAUUACAUUCGACACUACUUUUGGAACCAACAAAGAAUAUAGAUCAUUUGGCAUGUUUGUAGGUUUCAACCAGUUUAGAGAGACAAUAGUUUUUGGUGCAGCUUUGAUGUAUGAUGAGACAUUUGAGUCUUUCAAGUGGAUGUUCAAUGUUUUUUUGUCAACACAUAAUCAAAAGCAACCUCAAACAAUUUUCACUGACCAAGAUAUUGCUAUGGGAAAGGCAGUGGCUGAGGUCUUCAGUAAUGCAUGGCAUGGUUUGUGUACAUGGCAUAUAUCACAAAAUGCAGUUAAACACUUGAAUUCUCAAGAUGAAGAGUCUGAGGACGAGGAAGAGUCAAGCAUCCUGUUAGAUUUCAGCUCCUGCAUGUAUCAGUAUGAACAAAAGGAAGAUUUUGAAGAAGCAUUUAAUGCUAUGAGACUAAAAGUUAGUAAAUCAACUUGGCUAGACAGCAUUUACAUGUUGAAACACAAGUGGGCUGAGUGCUAUAUGCUGAAUGUUUUUUCAAUAGGAAUGAGAAGUACACAACUAAGCGAGAGUCUGAAUAAUGCACUAAAAGGCUGAGUGCACCUAUGUUACUGCAAGCAAGUAUGAUUUAUACACCUGCAAUAUUUAAAGUCUUUCAGGCUGAAUAUGAAAAGCACCUGGCAGCCUACACAGUAGGUUCAAAUGGAACUAAUGAAUUUGUCAUUGCAAUUGGAGCUCUCAGAGGAACAUUAACAGUUGAAGAAGAGCGCAAAGUUAUAGUCAACGCGGCUGAUCAAAUGGUUUCAUGUAGCUGUCGACUUUUUGAAAGAAUUGGUAUAUUAUGUAGGCAUGCACUGAAAGGUCUAGAUUUGGUGAACAUUAAGAUAUUGCCUGAAAGAUACAUUUUGAAACGAUGGACCAGAGAUGCAAGAUCAGGGAUUAUCCAAGAUAAGCAUGGGAGGGAUAUA